CAGUAACAGCACAACAAUAUCCUGUAGAAGAAACCGAGGCAUGUUAAGCAUUGAUCCUAUUUACAUGUAAUUGUAGCAUCUCGUUUCUUUGGAGCACCCACGAUAAAAGAUUCGAGUCUUCGUCUGCCACUAAAGGCGCCUCGUGUAAAGUAGCCAACGCCAGAUGUGCAAUGCUCUGGUAUACACAUGAAUGAUCCUGCCAUAGCUGAGGUACAACAUCUAAUCAUCCUCCAAUCAGUCGUACAGAAAAAUUGCCCAAAGACCCCGACUGACCCUGUCGAUGGCGGGGCAGAUCGCUUUACACAAGUCGGCUGGUGUGCCCUUUCUCGCGCGUGCGCCGGGCCGUCUAAAAUGGAUAUCCUUCUAGCGAACGACCUGACCCGGAUUGCUUAUUACACACGUUUCGUCCUUCUUCAACGUCCAUCUCAGCAGGUGGGAAAGGGGUUUCCCUGUCCCGGGCCGCGUCUGCACCGUCCGUUUUCUCUUCUUCUCCCCGGUCUCCUCCUGUUCGGUUUCAUCUGCGACGGAUCCGAAGAAGGCGACCUUCGGUAACAGGGCCCUUCCCCCCGCUGGCCCGGAUGGGAGAAAUGCGUCAUCACCUUCCCAAAAUAUUGCUCAGCUUGCACCACCCGCAAUGCCCAGCCCCACUCUGGAGUUUGGAGGAGCACCUGUCGCG